UGCGGACCGGGUAGCAACAAGAAUCACUCAAAUCAAGAUGGCGUCGUCCAUGGGUGGAAUGUUUCCCGGUCAGCAGCCGCCUGGUGCGCAUCCCGUCGGGGGUCCUGGUGGACCGGGUCAACCUGGCUUCCCCGGUACCGCUACCAGGCCUCAGGGAAACAAUACGCUAGUGGAUGAACUGGAGGCUUCCUUCGAGGCAUGUUUUGCAUCACUGGUGAGUCAAGACUACGUUAAUGGAACAGACCAGGAGGAGAUUCGAACUGGUGUUGAUCAGUGCAUACAGAAGUUUCUGGACGUGGCUCGACAGACAGAGUGCUUCUUCCUACAGAAAAGGCUUCAGUUAUCUGUGCAGAAACCAGAGCAGGUGGUGAAAGAGGAUGUGUCAGAGUUACGUAAUGAGCUACAGAGGAAAGAAAUGCUGGUUCAGAAGCACUUGUCCAAACUGCACCACUGGCAACAAGUGCUCGAGGAUGUGAGUGUUCAACAUCGCAAACCCUCAGACCUUCCUCCGCCUGGACCACUGGCCUUCCUGGAGCAGGCCUCUGCUAGUCUGCCCCCGGCCCCUUUAAAACCAAACUAACACACAGACACUCAAGGAAACACCAUGUACGUCAUGUGAUGCCCACUGUCAGCCUCUGAGGAAACUGGGGAAGAGUUUGCUGUACAGGGAAAUCAUUCACACAUAUUGCUUCAGUAUUUUGAUUAAUGUAAAUAUUUCUGGUGAUCACUGUUUUUUAAACUGUAGAAAUAAAAUAAGAUUUAUGAGUAUUUUGAA